GUCUCAAAGCUCUGGUGCCACGUAGUCGCUUAUCACUACCAGCGGUUCAAUUGCUGCCUUCAAAUAACAGCGUACAAAAGACAAAAUCCAUCUCUCUCACACCUCUUCUCUUUCUUUACCUCGAGAGUUCCACUUGGGGAUCCAUGGCGUUCCGAGCGAGAUAUCUUCGCCGGCUUCGCCCUAUCCAUCCUGAAGCGAUUGCCUCCAUCACGGGCGGCGGCUGCGUCGGCCAAAUGAGGCUCCAGUGCACCGCUCACCUGGGAGGCUCCGGCAAGUUCUCCGGUGGCAAAAGCGCGUACGAGGUGCUUGGGGUCUCGGAGUCCAGCUCCUUCCCGGAGAUCAAGGCCUCGUUCCGCAAGCUUGCCAAGGAGACCCACCCUGACGUCGUUUCGUCGGCCUCGGCAGACGACGCCACCGCAUCCCAGCGCUUCCUCCAGAUCCUCGCCGCUUAUGAAAUUCUUUCUGAUUCUAAUAAAAGAGCCCAUUACGAUAGCUAUUUGCUUUCUCAGAGGGCAAUAUUGCGGAAGCAGUGUGGACUUGGUACAACUAUCUACACUCACAACUCAUCUCUAAUCAUGUCAAAGCAAAGUGAUGUAGUUGAAUGGCUAAAAUGGUAUAGACUUUCUGUCAAUGAUAUCGUUAUGGAGAGGAGAGUUGCGAUGGGCUCUGGUUAUUUUGACAAACUUGAGAAUGAGCUUUACUCAGCAAUCCGCAUGGCAUAUUAUGGGCCAGUCGUUGAGUCUAUGGAUCUUCUUCCCGACUCUUUUGAAGCUGAAGAGAGGUCUGCAUAUGAAACUUCAGAGGUAUUGCACCUAGUUUCAGGACGUGAUCUGUUUGGGAUUGUUAAUUUGGUGGACAGGACUCCUGAGCUAUCUCAUAUGUGCCCUGAAAAGUUAACUACUUUUGAUUUCAACGUUCAUGGAGUUCCUGAACAUGUUUGGCAGCCUAUGGUUAAAGGGAACUGUGUUCAUCCAAGGAUUGUAGAUGUUUGUGAGAAGGAAAUGGGACAAGACACUAAUUUUGAAUCAGAUUCUUACAAAGAUCUUGAACUCCGUAUUCUUGGGAGAGUAGUUGCAAUGGCAACCAGGAGUCCUAGGUGCAAAUGUCUUGGCUUGCCAAUGGAUGAUUUGGAAGACCAUAUACAUGUUUUUCUUACCACAGAUGGAGCCCAAAAUUCAGUUACACCUGGUUCAAGAAAUCCACUGGGAACCAUAACAGGACUAGGGACAAGUGCUGAAGAAAGAUCUUGCUUUGUUUAUGACAGAGCUGGUGUUAAAACCCAUGUGAUUAUGAAGCAUAGAACAUUGCUGGUUAAACACAUGCACUGGUACCAAGUACAUGAUGAAGCUUCAGCUUGUGAGUGCCGAUGUAGUAGAGCUCGCUUACCACCUAGCAAAUAUUGGCUGUUUGAACCUCGUUGCUGUCUGCAUGACGUUGGUGGCUGGUAUAUUGAAACAUUUGGGCGGGACAAGAAAGGAAAGACUGUCCCAUCUCAAAGACAGUGGGAUGGUAUGAUUGAACAGUCUGAAAAGAGACUACAUCCUGCUGUAUAUUUUCUGGCUCUGGCAUAUAGAACAUUAGACCUUGAACAUGCAAAAAGGAGCAGGUGGAGCAUUACGAAUUUUGUGGUACCUUAUAUUUUUAGCAUUACUCGCUGGUGGCAGAAACUCAUGUAGUAGGAUUCACUUUGGACCUUCAGAAAGAAGCUACUUUAUUUAUCAGCAGAAUUAUGCCAGGGGGUACAUCAAAGACAUGAAUUACUAUGAAAAAGAGAGAUCAAUCACUUAUUGAGAAUUUGAGAUACUUAUAUCAUGGUUGGUUUACAUUUUGGAAGGACAAAUCUUCAUCUCAUUGUCAACUUUAUCAUAAUCUGAUAUCUAUGAUCCACUACUUAUCGCGAUGAAGCUAGCAACAAUUGCAAAAGGGCAUCUGAUAUUGGACAGAUUCAGCUCCAGUAUAUUUUUGUCAUCCAUUGAUAGUGGCUUUUAGGUAUCCUGAAAGAUCAGAGAAAUAUAAAUUUUCUGAAGAAAUCUUGAUAUUCUUGCCUGCUUUUAUUCCAUAAAAAAAAAUCUAUGUUCCAAUUAUUUUUACAGCUAUCAUCUUAUUUUUCUAAAUGGUAGAGGGAAGUAAGACCCAUCAUAUGUGCUGAGAAUUUUUCCUACAGAUUUGUUUUGUGCAGCGUCAGAAGGGACUCUUAAAAGGCUGCCUGUUUUUUCUGUGCAAACUGUUCCAUGUUCUAGAGGAAUCUUUGUAGAACAAAUGCAGGGUCACUUUAGGUUAAGAUGCUUAACAAGGUGCCAAGUACCACAAUGGCAGUGUUGUCAAGGGGGCGAUGAGGAGCUUGCUUGGGUCCUGAAGUGAGGUGAAGCCUGAGCAUCUUAAGGGGUCUCAGGCGAGGCACUUCAAUUCUGCAUUGGACCUCCUAGGCGGAGGGACAAGUGAGCGUCUCAAUUGAGGGGUGCUGGGCAGCAGCCCAGCCUCUGCCUAGGCUGUCGGCUCGAAUGCCACCUGGUAACUGACUCAAUUAUUUAGGUAUCUAACAUUCUCUUGCCUUCCACAACCAGUUGCCUUUUCUAUCCUCUUCUGUCGUUGCUACGCCCACGAUAUAUCCUUGCUGCUGCCUUGUCUUCUCUCUCUUUACCCCCCUCUUUGUCUCCUCUCGGAGACUCUAUGUCGGCUAUCACGAAAGAUAAUUCAGGAGAUGAAUGCUAUUGUGUCAAAUUGCAGAAGAUGAUGGUCUUUCAUAAUAGUUUUGGCAUGGGGUGAUGUUGAUGAUGUGUGGUGGACCUGUGUGAUUAUUGAAGCCACUGGAUUGUUAUCAGCUUUAUUUCUUUUGUUUUAUUAUUUAUUUAUGAAUUAUUUUGAUUA